UAAAUGGGGCCGUAGCCGCAGCUUUGCCUAAAGAGAAAACCUAAAUCCCAUCCCUUUUUCGACCAAUAAUAGGGGAAGGGAGGAGGCUGCCAUGGAUGACCACCAGGAGCACGAGCACGAGGUGUAUGGUGGAGAGAUCCCCGACAUGGAAGGCGACGAGGAGAUGCUUGCCGCUGAAGGCGAUGGAGUAGCGGAGAUCGACCCCAACUCCAGAGAGGAGAGCUUGGAGGACAUGAAGAAGAGGCUUAAAGAAAUAGAGGAGGAGGCGAGUGCGCUCCGCGAUAUGCAGGCCAGGGUUGAGAAAGAAAUGGGUGCCAACCAGGACGAUUCAUCAAGUGCUGCUGCAACACAAAUUGAGAAAGAGGAGGUGGACUCUCGAUCAAUCUAUGUAGGCAAUGUUGAUUAUUCCUGCACUCCUGAAGAGGUGCAACAGCACUUCCAGUCUUGUGGAACUGUGAACAGGGUAACAAUUUUAACGGACAAGUUUGGCCAACCCAAGGGAUUUGCUUAUGUGGAAUUUGUUGAAUUAGAGGCCGUACAAAAUGCUCUUCUAUUAAAUGAGUCAGAAUUGCAUGGUCGUCAGUUAAAGGUGUCAGCUAAGAGGACAAAUAUUCCUGGUAUGAAGCUUUAUCGUGGCAGGCGACCUAACCCAUAUAUGGCAUUUCGACCAAGGAGACCUUUCAUGCCAUCUCCAUAUUAUGCUCCAUACGGAUACGGCUUUCUUUCUAUGCAGAAAAGCUCCAAGGUUCCGGCGGCCAAUGCGCUAUCGGCCAUAUUUCUGAGGUAUCUCUCCCUGCUUUAGCAGUAAUUGGUUAAAAAAAAAAUUAAGGUUGUUGAUUUUACCCAUUGAGCAAUAAGAGAAAAAAUUUUGAAAAAAAAAAUG